AUGAAUAACAAGAGAUCCUAUAAUGAUAGGAAUAAACAUACAAACUCAAAUGAAAACGAACAUAUUCCCAGAUAUAUAAAAACUAAACCAUGGUAUUAUAAUGAUUCAAAAUCGGAAGAUUAUCUAAUUCAUCACAGGCAGAAACAUGGCAAAGAUAAUAAUUCAAUUGAUAUUGAUCAUAAUGAUGAACCAAAGAUAGGUCUCGGAAUUGAAGAUAGAUUUAUAUCAAUGAAGCGCAGUUAUAAAAAGAAUAAGUCUAACAUUUGUGAGAACUGUGGUUCUGAAGGCCAUUCUAGAAGAGACUGUUUAGAAAAACCAAGAAAACUACAAUCUAGGAUAGAAGGAGAAAAUAUUGAAGUGAAAGUAAGGGAUGACGACAAUCUUGAUUGGGACGCCAAGAAUGAUAGAUGGUUCGGUUAUGCAGGAAAGGAAUAUGAUGAGACGUUGCAAUCAUGGAGGGAGAAAAGAGACAGAAAUAUGAUCCUAGAUAACCAAGAUAAAGAAAGUACGUGGGACAUUGAUGAAGAAGUAGAAUUGUUCAAAUUAGGCUUACAAAGGGAUUCUGCAGGGAAACUAAGAGAAGAACGAAACGGCAAAGCUGGCGCUUCUGUAACGUCAGUCAGAUUGAGAGAAGAUAAAGCUGCUUACCUAAAGGAUAUCCAUUCCGAUGAAAUAAAUUAUGACCCAAAAUCAAGACUUUACAAGAGUCAAGAAUUAGGUACCGUGGAUGAGAAAUCAAAAAUGUUCCGGAGGAAACUAGUUGGGGAAGGUUUAGAAUUAGAGAAACUGCACAAAUUUUCACGUGAUUAUGCUAAAAGUGUAGGUAUUCGUGACGAAAGAGAGGACAAGAAGAAAAUUGAACAUGUUCUUAUUGCAAACCCUACCAAAUAUGAGCAACUAAUGAAGCAACAAAAAAGUAUAGAACAGGAAAAAGCGAACAAAAAUAAAGUAGACAUCAGCACUUUACAAGCUCAAAAGUUACAUGGUACCAAGCAAAGCGAAGAGGAUAAGAAACAGAUAAUGGAUCUUUAUGAAUAG